GAGGGGCUGGGGGAGGGCACUUGUCCAGGAGCUCCCGGCAGAGCCGGUCUGGGCCCCUCACAGCUUCUUUCUCCUCCAGCUCAGCCCCGUAAAGACCCUGCUCUUCCCCAGCGGCAGAUGGAGGCCAAGGAGGGCCCGACUUCUGGCUUCCUCAUGGCCCCCUUUCAGGAGCCGGUGACCUUCCGGGACGUGGCCGUGGACUUCACCUGGGAGGAAUGGAGCAUCCUGGAGCCGGCCCAGAGGGCCCUGCACAGGGACGUGAUGCUGGAGAACUUCCAGAACCUGGUCUCUGUGGAUUCCUUUAUUGAAGAGACCUGGUAUGAAAGACAGGAUUCCAGUCUGGUACAAGGCAUUUCCCCAGGAACAUCGUAUAAAAAAAGCCUGCCAAAGGAUAGUCCUCAGCCUUCUAAAAAGAGAGAAAUGAGGCGAUUCAAAGUCAUUUUAGAGAAACAGAAAGAUAGCCAGAGGAGACAAUCCAGACUAGUAACUAGUUACAGCAAAGACCCUAAUAAAAUGCAUGUUCUUCAUCAUAAUACAUUGGGGAGAAGUUUUCAUUUGGGGUCAGGCUUUGUUAUACCGAAGAAAGGCACUAUGGGGAAAAGUCUCCAUAAAGAUAAGAAACUUGGAAAAAGCUUGAAAGAUUUUCCCAACCACUUUAUAUGCAAUAUAGUCUCCUUAGAGAAGAGCCUUUCUAAAUAUACCAAGCAUAAGAAGCCCUUCAGUUACCACUCAGAUCUAAUUGCCUUUCAUAAAAUACAUGCUGGAAGAAGACUACAUGAACACAUUGAGGACGGGACAGCCUGUGGCAAAAGAUCAAAUCUGACUGAACAUUGGAUAAUACAUACUGGAAAGAAAUACUGUAAUUGUGAUAAAUGUGGGAAAACUAGCUACACUGAAAUCUUGACUAAACAUAAGAGAAUUCAUACCAGAGGAAAACACUUGGAAUGUAAUGAAUGUGGCAAAGGCUUUAGUUUGGUGUCAAACCUUAUUAUACAUGAGAGAACUCACACUAUGGAGAAACCUUUUAAAUGUAAUGAAUGUGGAAAAUACUUCAGUAUAAGGGGAAGACUUAACAGGCAUAAGAUAAUUCAUAGUGGAGAAAAACCUUUUGAAUGUACUGAGUGUGGGAAAGCUUUCAGCCGCAAGGGACACCUUACCAGUCAUCAAGGAAUUCACAGUGGAGACAAACGCUUUAAAUGUGGAGAAUGUGGAAAAGGCUUCAGUUGGAGGGCAAGUCUUAUUACCCACCAAAGAACCCAUACUGGAGAGAAACCUUUCGUGUGUCAGGAAUGUGGAAAAGCUUUCAGUGAGCGGGGGAGCCUCCUUAGUCAUCAGAGAACUCACACUGGAGAGAAACCUUUUACAUGUAAUGAAUGUGGAAAAGCUUUCAGUGAGAGGGCAACCCUCAAUACCCAUCAGAGAACUCACACUGGAGAGAAACCCUUUGAAUGUAAUGAAUGUGAGAAAGCUUUCAGUAGCAGGGGAAGCCUCAACAGACAUCUGAGAAUUCACACUGGAGAGAAACCCUAUCGAUGUAAUGAAUGUGGCAAAGGCUUCAGCCAGAAGGGACACCUCAUUUAUCAUGAAGCGAUUCAUGUUUAUGAUGGAGAUAAGCCCUUUAAAUGUAGUGACUGUGGGAAAAGAUUUAGGGAGAGGGGAACUCUUACUACUCAUCAGAGAACUCAUACUGGAGAGAAACCCUUUAAAUGUAACGAAUGUGGGAAAGACUUUAGACGGAGAGGAAACCUUAUUGCUCAUCAAAGAACUCAUACUGGGGAGAAACCCUUUUCAUGUAAGGAAUGUGGGAAAGACUUUAGUCAUAGGGGAAACCUUAUUACCCAUCAGAGAACUCAUACUGGAGAGAAACCUUUUGAAUGUAAUGAAUGUGGAAAAACCUUCAGUCAGAGGGGACACCUUAUUAAUCAUCAAGGAAUUCAUAGUGGAGAGAAGAGCUUUAAAUAUGAUGUGUGGGAAGAGCUUCAGCCAGAGGGGGCAUCCCAUUAAUCACCCAGGAUUUUAUACUAGGGAGAAUCCUUUUAAAUGUAAUGAAUGUAGGAAAGGUUUUGGGGAGAGUGGAAAUCUUAUUAGUCAUCAGAGAACUCAUAUUGCAGAGAACCCCAUUGAAUGUAAUGUGUAGCAAAGACUUUAGUCUGGUGUCAGAUCUUAUUAUACACCAGAGAACUCAUACUCCAGAGAAGCCCUUUAAAUUUAAUGAAUAUUACAUCAGUAAUCAGGGGAAGGUUGAAUAGACAUAAGAGAAUUCAUACUGGAAGGAGGGAAAAAAAAACCUCUUUGAAUAUACCGAGUGUGGGAAAGCUUUCAGCCAGAGGGAGCACUUUAUUAAUUAUCAAGGAAAGGCUUUAAACAGUGUGGGAAGAAUUUCAACUAGAGGGGGCACCUCAUUAAUCAUUAAAAAGUUCAUAGGGGAGAGAAAUCCUUUAAAAGUAAUGAAUGUGAGAAAGACUGUAACCAGAGGGGAAACUUUAUUGCCCUCAGAGAACUUGUACUGAAGAGAAACUCUUUGCAUGUGGGAAUGUGAGGAAGUUUUCAGUGAAGUGAAAAACCUCAUCACUCAUCAGAAAACUCUGGGUGAACCCAGAGAGCAAGCCUUCUCAUUUAUUAGAAAAGUCAUACUAGAGAGAAACCUUUGAAUAUAAUUACAGUGUCCAAGUCUUUGAUGAGGGUAAAAUACUCAAAAGUUAUCAGAUAACUUAUACUCGAGAGAAGCACUCUGAAUAUUAUAUAGGAAACAAUUUAUUAGGAUAGUCCUUAGCAUUCCUAAGACUGUCAGAGGACAUCAGUGAAUACAUACUAGAGGAAAACUCUUCUCAUGUAACAAAUACAGGAAAGUUCCCCCCACCUUCCAUGCUCAAAAGACAUAUAAGAAUUCAUACUGGAGAUGAGCCUUUUGGGUCUUAUGAAUGUGGGAAAGGCUUUUCCUGGAGGGGACACUGUAUGCUGUAUUGAGCAUCAGAAAUUCUUUCCAUGUAAUGAAUGUGAAAAAUAUUUCAGCAAGAUAUCAAAAAAUUAUUACUUUCCAGAGAACGUAUCCUGGGGAAGAACCUUUUGCCAAUGGGCAAAACUUAUUACCUAUCAGAGAAUGCAUACUGGAAAGAAGCUUUUUUAAUAUAAUGAUUGAGAAAAAUCUUUAGGCAGAGGAAUUAUUACACAUCAGAAACUUCAUAAUAAAAUAAUCAUUUAAACAUAAUAUGAGCAAGGUUUUAGCUGGAGGGGACAUCAUCUAAAAAUUUUUUUGCGAGUUUUGUUUUUCUGCAUUUCCCAAUGUGUCACCUCCUCCUGGCCUCCCAGGAAGCCAUCCCCUAUACCAAAGAAAAAACUGAUCCAGCAAAAUCAAACAACACCUGAAAAAUCUGACAUUAAAUGCAACAUUGCACACUCAUAGUUCCCUACUACUGUAAAGAAUCAGAUACCCUUUCAUUUCUUCAAAGCCAAACUGGUCAUAAUUUCAUAUAAAUUAGUUUAGAUGUUGUUUUCUUUCCCUCCCUAUAUGUUGUUUUCCUACUUUUACCUUCAUUUCAUGUAGAUCUUCCUAUACUUUUCAUGUUGACCCUUUCUUAUAGCACCUUAACACCUCCAUUACAUCCAUGUACCAUAACCUGUUUUGCCAUUCCCCCCUGAGUGGUUGGCUAUCUACUUUGUUUCCAAUAGUUUGCCACCUCAAGAAGAGACACCUUCUAGCAGCAACUUAUAUUAGACAGAAAAUAAUGAUUUUAUUUUUUUAAAAUGAUCGUAGGAAAGGCCUCAGUUGGAGAGGAUCUUUAUUAUCUGUCAAAGAACUCUUACUUGUGUAAAAUCAAAGCUUUGCCAGCAAAUAAAGUGAGAGACUCUUCAGUGAAAGUAGGUUACUCAGAAUCCUACAGAUAAUUCGUACCAGGGAAGUGGAAGGGAAUGAGCAUUAUUAAGCACCUACUAUAUGCCAGCCGACAUUUGCUGUGCUAAAUGAUUUUACAAAGAUCUCAUUUUAUUUGAAAUGAAAGCCUUUAAAUAGUGAAUAAGAAAGGCUUCAGCCAGAGGACCCACCUUAGUGUUCAUCAGAUCACUCAUCUCGGAAAGCUUUUAAAUGUAAUAAAUGUGGGAAAACUUUCAUUGAGAGGGGAUGCCCGUGGGGUGCUUGAAUUUGCCAGAGAGCUCAUGCUGGAAAGAGAUCUUUUGAAGCUGAUGUGGACCAGUCUUAAGAUCCCUUAUAUCAGAGAACAUCUGCAUUGGCUCAUUUUGAAUGCAACAUCAGCGUCCACAACAUCUGUUGGAAAGUGGAUGCUGUCAAAUGGGGAAUGGCUAAAGUAACUGGGACAUGGGAAUAUAAUGGAAUGAUUCUGUGCUGUAAUAACAAAUCUGGGAAGUCUGGGAUAUAAAAAAUACCCGAUACAAAAUAAUAGCAAAGUAAGCUGAAUUAGGAACCCAACGUAUACAAGGGCUAGCAGAUAAAUAUAGAUCAAUGCUUGGAAUUAUAGUAAUCCAGCACAACUGUGGGUUAUUUAUCUGAGGAGGGCAUGUAUUGUGGAGGUAUAAGUUGGUGAAUUUGUUUUGCCUGACUAUACCAAUUUGUUACAAGGGAGGAUUUUUACUUGGGGGAGAGGGGUUGGAGGGGAGAAAAGAAUGGAUAGAGAUGGUAACAGAACAGAGGAGGGAAGAUGGAGCGAUCAAAUGUUUUUAAAUGCCCUGAAGAAGACAACUAGAAGUUCAGAAAAGGACUGAAUUAGAGCAAUGUUAGUAUGAUUGCUUUGAGUUUAAUAUAUACUUUUUAAAAAGAACAGCUUAGUAUUUAAUAGAAAGUCAAUGUUGGGUACACUCUUGUUUUUUGUAUGUAAAAUGUUUGUUUAUAUUUUUAAAGUUAAUAAUAAAACAAGACGA